AUGGACAAAGAUAUAGCUACAGAUAAUGUUGGAAGAGAUGCUGCUAUCCAUGUAUGGGACACACAGACUCUAAAAUGUUUGUCACUAUUAAAGGGACAGCAUCAGAGGGGUGUAUGUGCUCUAGAUUUCUCAGCUGAUGGGAAAUGUCUGGUAUCUGUUGGUUUAGAUGAUUUUCACAGUAUUGUCUAUUGGGAUUGGAAAAAAGGAGAAAAGAUAGCAACAACAAGAGGACAUAAAGAGAAGAUAUUUGUAGUGAAGUGCAACCCACAUCAUGUGGACAAAUUGGUUACUGUUGGGAUUAAGCAUAUCAAAUUCUGGCAACAAGCAGGUGGGGGCUUCACAUCUAAACGAGGGAUCUUUGGCAGUAUUGGAAAAUUGGAAACAAUGAUGUCUGUUUCUUAUGGACGAAUGGAAGACCUAGUUUUCUCUGGAGCUGCAACUGGAGAUAUUUUUAUUUGGAAAGAUAUUCUUUUACUUAAGACUGUGAAAGCUCAUGAUGGGCCUGUUUUUGCUAUGCAUGCAUUGGAUAAGGGUUUUGUAACAGGUGGAAAAGAUGGAAUUGUGGAACUCUGGGAUGAUAUGUUUGAGAGAUGCUUGAAGACUUACGCUAUUAAAAGAUCCGCAUUAUCAACUAGCUCUAAAGGUGCCACUUGUAAAUACACAGUAGUAAUGGUUCCAUUCCUAUGAAUGGGUCACUAUUGAUGGACCUCAAAAACCCUUCCCAAAUCCACUCUCAUUACUCUUUAUACACUCAGAGCUCAUGCCCUUUAGUAGAACCAGCAAAGAAGUAAUGGCCAACCAUUUAGAAAAACUGCUUUCAUACUCAAU